CGUGUCCCGUGGCACUGCUGCCGUUGGGGUGGGAGCUGCGACUGCUGUCGUCCGCUCGUGCCGGCCUAACGCUGUCCCCAACCCCAUCCCGAACCAGCCGCCCGAGGGCGCGCUUCCCCCGGGAGCAGCCGUGUCUACAGCAUGGUGCUUAAAGCUUUCUUCCCCACGUGCUGCGCCUCGGUGGACAGCGGCCUACUGGUUGGACGAUGGGUCCCAGAGCAGAGCAGCGCUGUGGUCCUGGCUGUGGUACACUUUCCCUUCAUCCCCAUCCAGGUCAAGGAGCUCUUGGCCCAGGUGCAGCAGGCCAGCCAAGUAGGUGUGGCCGUGCUGGGCACCUGGUGCCACCGUCGGCAGGAGCCUGAGGAGAGCCUAGGCCACUUCCUAGAAGGCCUGGGUGCCAUCUUCUCCCACGAGCCUUGGCUCCAACUGUGCCGGGAGAGGGACAGCAAGUUCUGGAGCUGCAAGGCCAUGUAUCGGCAGGUGCCUACCUCCCCUGGUGCCCUCAGGGAGGACCAGGUCAUGCUCAUCUUCUACGACCAGCGCAAGGUGCUGCUGUCCCAGCUGCACCCGCCUGCAGCCGUGCCUGAUCACCAGGCUGGAGAUGCCACAGCCAGCACUUGCGGCCUGGCUGCUGUCUUUGACACAGUGGCGCGAAGUGAGGCACUCUUUCGAAGUGACCGAUUUGACGAGGGCCUCGUGCGGCUGAGCCACUGGCAGUCAGAUGGUGUGGAAGCCAGCAUCCUCGUGGAGCUGGCCAAGCAGGCCUCGGGGCCUGUCUGCCUACUGCUGGCCUGCCUGCUCUCAUUCAUCUCAGCUGCCAGCACCUGCCGGGUAUUCAAGCUGUGGCCACUGUCCUUCAUCUGGAGCAAGCUCUCCACGUGUGAGCAGCUCAGGCAUCGGCUGGAGCAGCUCACACUCGUCUUCAGCACCCAGAAGGCCGAGAACCCCGCCCAGCUGAUGAGGAAGGCCAACAUGCUUGUCUCCGUGCUCCUUGAUGUGGCCCUAGGCCUCGCGCUGUUGUCCUGGCUCCAUGGGAAAGACCGAAUCGGGCAGCUGGCUGAUGCCCUAGUACCUGUGGCAGAUCGAGUGGCUGAGGAGCUCCAGCAUCUGCUGCAGUGGCUGAUGGGUGCACCUGCUGGGCUCAAGAUGAACCGGGCACUGGACCAGGUGUUAGGCCGAUUCUUCCUGUACCACAUCCACUUGUGGAUCAGCUACAUCCACCUCAUGUCCCCCUUCAUCGAGCGAAUCCUGUGGCAUGUGGGCCUCUCAGCCUGCCUGGGUCUCACAGUUGCCCUGUCCACCCUGUCGGACAUCAUCGCCCUCCUCACCUUCCACAUCUACUGCUUCUAUGUCUAUGGUGCCAGGCUCUACUGCCUGAAGAUCUGUGGCCUGUCCUCACUCUGGCGCCUGUUCCGGGGGAAGAAGUGGAAUGUUCUGCGCCAGCGGGUGGACUCCUGCUCUUACGACCUGGACCAGUUGUUCAUUGGGACUUUGCUCUUCACCGUCCUGGUCUUCCUGCUGCCCACCACGGCCCUGUACUACCUGGUGUUCACCCUGCUCCGGCUCCUGGUGGUUGCUGUGCAGGGUCUGAUCCAUCUGCUCGUGGAUCUUAUCAACUCUUUACCGCUGUAUGCACUCGGCCUCCGGCUCUGCCGACCCUACAGACUCGCAGCCGGUGUGAAGUUUCGAGUCCUAGAGCAUGAGGCUGGCAGGCCUCUCCGCCUCCUAAUGCAGAUAAACCCCCUGCCCUACUAUCGUGUGGUAGACACCUACCGCCUCCCCAGCUGUGGCUGCCACCCUAAGCACUCCUGGGGCUCCUUGUGCCGCAAGCUGUUCUUCGGGGAGCUCAUCUACCCCUGGAGGCAGAGAGGGGACAAACAGGACUGAGGGACGCCAGCCACCGGCCUGCCCAGCACCACUACAUGGCCACGGUCAGCCUUCUACCCUGGGGUGACGUUGACUGGCAGGCAGCACAUUGUCCUGCACUCUGACUUUUCUGCCCCGAGUCGUCUGGGACCUCUGCAGGCCCUGCCGGGCCCUGCCUGUCGCAGAUCCCCCCCAAUUAUGAGGUUGAAUUUGAGGUCAUGGGGUGGUGAGCAGGAGGAUGCAGGGGGCGCCCAGCCAGGUCAGCUGGCUUCUGCUCUAUAAGGAGCCCUGUUUGCUUCAGGACUCACUUCCAAUCUGUCAUGAUGACACUAUUAGCCCAAUCCCUCCAGCCUCCCAGGCCUACCCAGGAGCGCCCACUGACUUCCUUCAGACCCAGACUCUGCCUCGGAGGGGUUUACAGAGCCCCACCUCGGCCCACCAUGUCCUUUCCUGGUGGGGUGAGCUGACAAGUCUCCCUGGAUGUUCCAUGGUAGCUCAACCCUGGGGUUGAGGGACUCCUCCCAGGGGCCUCUCAACAGUUCUUGAGACCCUGACUCUCAAACAUCUCAUUCCUUGGGUUUUUUUCUGCAUAUACACUUCUGGGUCCCCAGUAUAUCCAAGCUGCCUCAGUGGAACAGCAACCAGCCAAUAUGGGGGAUUUAAGCAACCACUGACUCCUGGCCCAAAUCAGCAACCCCAGUGAGACAGGACCUUCCGGGAAGCCAAGCAGCAGUGGCCCCCACACCCUAAAUUGCACGGGGUUACUCCUGAUGCUUCCUAGGGAAAUUGCUACGCAGGAGGAGCCACUCACAGGCCUUUGGUAGUCCCUGUGUGAUGUGAAGCCAGGCUAUAUGAGGUACUCAGAGCUGCCUUGCUACAAGCUGAGUGCCCGCCCAUCUGGCUGCCCAGUUCCUGCCCCAUUCCCACUCCAUGCUCCUGCAGAAACAGCUCUCUUGGCCAGAUCUCGCAUCUCCUCUCACUAGUUUCUUGCCAAAUCAGGCAGCUCCUGGGAGGAUGCUUCCGUGUCCCCCUGGGGAAGGGUCCUGGCACUCAGGCUGCACCUGCCUGCUGGCUGGCUGCAAAAUCUGUAUAAGUGUGAGUCACUGAGUCCCCAGGGUGAGGAAGCCUGAAGGUACGGUGGCAUUCCAUGCAGUUUGUCACCUUGGAAUUGAAAACUUCGUGCCACAGUCCAGGGAGUGGGGAUGGCGCUCCCUGUCCAUCGUGGGCACUCAGGACUGUUCACUUCUGCCUCCCACACUCCUGGGCUGCAGACCACAGAGCGGGGCUGCUGGGGAAGUCCCCACCAUCUGGUAGGACCAGUCCUGGCUCUGUCUUUCUCUGCUGUGACAUUAAAGUCU